AUCUGCAUUUUCAUCAUGAUCAUGCUGUGCCGAGCGGUCUUCGUCUCUCGCGAAAUUGUCACUCGGGCAAGAAGGCCGGCGGAAGUUUUGGGAAGGCCGCUCUUCUUCCCCGUCACCGUCGCUCAUACCCGCCGGAACCCUGCAACCGACGUAUUCCAUAACCGCAUUCUCCUCGUCGGGGUACCUGUCGGUGACAAGUGUCACCAAGGACGCUUGCUCUCCAUGGCUGACGACUCUAGAAGCUCGAUGCCAUGGAAAAGCUGGUUCCAUUUCGACACUGCGCGGUAUCUGCAUCGCGGCGAUGAAGAACUUAGCCUGGAGGAAAAGUUGCAUAGGUUUUUACGGGCCCAGGACCUUGAUCCCAAAAGAUGGCCCUACGCGUAUCUCGUCAGCGUGCCACGGUGGCUCUGGUGGUCCCAUGGCGUCCUCAGCUGGUGGUAUCUCUACUCUCCGGACCGUGAGCUUGAUGCUGUGAUAAUGGAAAUCAACAACUUCUUCGGGGAGAAAAGAAACAUCUUCGUCCAAGUCCAAGGGUUGAGCCCAUCGUUCGGAGAGCUAGUUCCAUCGGCUAGUGAGGACCUCGACGCGGCAGGACUGAUGAGGUCACUGCCUUCAGUGCCCUCAUCUGGCUACUAUAAAGGAUCUUGCAUCAAGCCAAUCUACACCACCCCAUUCGGUACCGUUGACGGGGAAUUGGCAGCCCGCUUUUGCGAUCCCCUCCAAAGACAAUCAUGGAGGAGUACGGUGUCUUUCUCCAAUUUGACCAGCGUGGGAUCUGACGGCAAAACAAUGGUUUCAGCGAGGAUCAACUGCUGCGAGUCCCCAUUGGACCCGACUCGCGCAUCGGCGGUCCAGCUCUUCCUUUUUCUGAUCCGCUGGACUUUGCCUGGCACGCUGGGAAGCCCCCAGAUUCUCUACCAGGCCCUUCGAAUCAAAUACAGGGGCAUCAUGCGCAUGACGGAGCGACCCGUCAUCAGACGCGGCAGUCUACCGCGCAAAGCAAGCUCUGUGGAAAGAUCUCUCGAGUUUUUCUUCCGACAAUUCCUUGCCUAUCAAGUUCGAAACUUCCCGGAUGCGAUCGAGGUGACUUAUGUUCCAUCGCGUGCCUGGUCCGAUGAAUCAAUCUGUCUCCGCUCCUUCGCCUGUGGUGACACGAGUGAUGACAACAUCCGCCGCGUGGGAUUGGAACCACUCGAUCCUGGUUUCUUUGGUCGAUUCAUCCAUUAUUCCACUGUCACUGAGGGAGUGGCAACAGAGAUGCACCCCGCAGGGAGCCCAUCUGAUCCCGAGGCAAGCAACCUGUGGGCUUCUGAUCCGACAUUUAUUCUGGAAUUGCUUGGGUCGGGAGAUACUGCAUUUUCAACGAGUACACAUCCCUCUACGAGCCUAACGUGGCGAGUCCUUUUUUAUCUUCGAGGCUCCCAGAAAGAAACCACGUUGGAUUCAUUCUGCCGAGAAACUAUGGCACCAUCACUUCAGCUUCUCUACACUUCAUAUGCUCUGAAGGAUGUAUUCGGGAAAUGUUUUGGGCUAGACUGGAUUCGGAUGCUACAGAUUUACAGCACCAUUGGGGUAGUGGUUCUUAUCUGGUUGGCCUACAACGCAACGCUGUGCCUUCUCCUGGAUUUCUCUUUCUGGAAGUCAGGUUUGUAUGCAGGGACUGCCCUUUUCUUAGGGCAUGUUGGGGCCCAGGUUGUAACAAAACUCUAA